AUGUACCCCUUCACACUCAACACAUCACGCACGCGCCCGUGCGGCCGUUUGUUGCCCCUGCAGACUCCCCUGAGCAAGUCCCUGCGCAUAGCCCUGCUGUACAACACCUGGCUUGGUCGCCUGUUGCUGAAGCUGCCGAUCACCUGGUGGUUGCUGACCCAGGAGCACAAGCGGAUUGCCGCCUAUGCAAACAGCCCCAAGAGCAAGGGCAAGAUCAAACCAUUCAUCAAGUCUUACCGCAUCGGCAUGGAUGACUCUGCGCGGUCUGUCGAAGAGUUCAAGACCCUGCAGGCGCGCGUAUGGGCGGAUGGUGCAGGACAAAAGAACCCAGUGGUGCAAGGCGGGUACCGCUAUGCCCGCGACUUCUUCACACGCGAACUCAAGCCGGGCGCACGGCCCAUUGCGGAGCCGGGCAACCCCAACGUGGCGGUGCACCCCGCCGACUCCCGGGUGGUGGUGUUCCCCUCAGUCAGCAGCGCCAAGAAGCUCUGGAUCAAGGGCAAGGGCUUCAACGUCCCCAGCCUGCUGGGCCCAGGCUACGACCCCGCAGAGUGGCGCGAGCUUUCUCCCGCAGACUGCCACCGCCUCCACGCCCCUGUCACCGGCCGCGUCGCAAAAAUCACGCGCCGUGGCGACCGCUUCAUGUCAUCCAUGUGGGUGGCGGUGCACUCCUCGCUGGACGUGAUGGUCGAGAACGAGAGGCUGAUCAUGGAGUUUGAGACGGACGCCUUUGGGCCCGUGGUCAUGGUGGCGAUAGGUGCCAGCGACGUUGGCACCGUGCAGCCAUUGGUCAAGGAGGGCGCAGCCGUCACGAAGGGCGACGAGGCGGCAGUGUUCGAGUUUGGCGGCUCCAUCAUGGCCACCGUCUUCAGGCCGGGCUCCAUUGAGUUUGACAAGGACCUACUGCAGCACACCGCCCGCCACUGCGAGACGCGAGCCCUGCUCGGCACCAGCCUCGGGCGCGCGACGCGCCCCGCUGCUGCGCCGGCCGGCCGCGCGGUGGAGUGA